UUUCCAGCCGGAGUGGAAUCAUUGUAAUGGUCCGUUAAAAUCAAAAUGGCAACUCUGCUGUCUCCGAGGCAGUGUGAUAGCAAUCCUGCAACACCCGGAGCACAGUCUUUAAAGGAUGACACGGAGGAGAAUUCGAGCGACGGCAGCCAGGCGCCCAAGAGACGCAGAAUGGGGUCAGGAGACAGUUCGAGGAGCUGCGACACCACCAGCCAUGAACCAGGACCGACAUAUUUUCCUGCUGAGAAUCUGACCGAGUACAAAUGGCCCCCAGACGAUACGGGAGAGUAUUAUAUGUUGCAAGAACAAGUCAGCGAGUAUUUAGGAGUCACCUCGUUUAAGCGGAAAUAUCCAGACCUGGAAAGGAGAGACUUAUCUCACAAAGAAAAACUUUAUCUUAGAGAGCAGAACGUCAUCACAGAGACGCAGUGUACAUUAGGGCUUACGGCUUUGCGCAGUGAUGAGGUUAUUGAUCUGAUGAUUAAGGAGUAUCCAGCUAAACAUGCAGAGUACUCGGUUAUUCUUCAAGAGCGGGAGCGACAGAGGAUCACCAAAGAGUACUCAGUAAGCACUCUGAGUGCGCAGCAGCAAAAUCCUCAAAAGGUUGAAGCCAGCAAAGUACCAGAGUACAUCAAGAAAGCUGCGAAAAAAGCAGCAGAAUUCAACAGUAACUUCAACAGAGAACGCAUGGAGGAAAGAAGAGCCUACUUCGAUCUUCAAACCCAUAUAAUUCAGGUACCUCAAGGGAAAUACAAAGUCCUCCCACCAGAAAGGACAAAGACUGGGCCCUACCCAGUUGCCCUCAUCCCAGGACAGUUCCAGGAAUACUACAAAAGGUAUUCUCCAAAUGAGCUACGCUACCUACCAUUAAACACAGCUUUGUAUGAACCUCCACUGGACCCUGAACUGCCUGCCCCAGACAGUGAUGGUGACUCAGAUGAUGGUGAAGAUGGAAAAGUGGAUGACGGCAAGAAGAACAAGGGCUCCUCUGACAGUUCAACAGGAAAUACCUCUGAUGGAGACAGCCAGGACAGUGGGGUCCAGUCCAAAGGCAAAAGCAAAGAUGCCACUCCACGCACCCUCCAACACAAAUCUGUUCCUGGGUACAAGCCUAAGGUCAUUCCCAAUGCUAUAUGUGGCAUAUGCCAGAAGGGUAAGGAGUCCAACAAGAAGGGCAAACCAGAGGCACUCAUCCACUGCUCUCAAUGCCAGAACAGCGGUCACCCGUCCUGCUUGGACAUGAGCGCAGAGCUGGUAGCGCUAAUAAAGACCUACCCGUGGCAGUGUAUGGAGUGUAAGACUUGCACAGUGUGUGAGCAGCCCCAUCACGAGGAGGAGAUGAUGUUCUGUGAUAAGUGUGACCGUGGUUUCCACACCUUCUGCGUGGGAAUGGACUCCAUUCCCUUGGGAUGCUGGGUUUGUGAUUGCUGCCAUAAGGACAUUUCAUCACCUAAGAAAAAGGUUACUGGCAAAACGCCAAAAAAAUCGAAAUAAGAUUAUGUGAAAAAUGUCAACCCAGGUGCUUGUGUGUGUGUGUGUGUGUGUGUGUGUGUGUGUGUGUGUGUGUGUGUGUGUGUGUGUGUGUGUGUGUAUGGCAAUUAUUUCUGUUGUUUUGUAACUGAAAGACUAAACAUGCAAUCAUUUGUGUGUGUGUUUUCUUUUUCUAUUUCUUAUUUGGUAUAGUAAUUAACCAAUAGCUGUUUUUUUUUUUUUUUUAACUCUUUGUAAAAUAAAGUGCAAAAUGUCAUUGUUGUUGCUCUCCCUUCACUCUGUAGUCAGAUAUACUGAUCUGUUCACUGAAUAUUAUUGCUCAUCAUGAUCGAAAGGUACCAAAUGGCAGAAAGAAAUAAAGGAAGCAAUGAAAGUCUGCAGGUGGUUACCAUCUUGUAUGCUCUUUCAGAAAGCUGCACUUGGUAACCCCCAGUUUUAAGGCUCUAAGUUAAGCAGUGAUGCCUGUAAGAUUCUAUAAUUAAAGGCAUUUAUGUACGAUUUCUUUUUGAAAAA